GACAGGCAGAGAAGAAGAUUUGAUUGAAGCACAGAUCCAUCGGAGAAGAAGAAGACAGAGGAAGAGAGAGAUUGAAGAUCAAUGACUUCGAGGUACUGGGUUGUGUCUCUUCCAGUGAAAGACUCUGCUUCUACGUUAUGGAAUCGAUUACAAGAGCAGAUCUCCAAGCAUUCCUUUGAUACUCCAGUUUAUCGGUUUAACAUUCCUAAUCUUCGUGUUGGAACCUUAGAUUCUCUACUCGCUCUCGGCGAUGAUCUGCUUAAGUCGAACAGCUUUGUGGAAGGAGUUUCGCAAAAGAUCAGGAGACAGAUCGAAGAAUUGGAGAGGAUUUCUGGUGUGGAGAGCAACGCUCUAACAGUUGAUGGAGUUCCUGUUGAUUCUUAUCUCACCAGGUUUGUGUGGGAUGAAGCUAAGUACCCAACAAUGUCACCUCUGAAGGAGGUUGUUGGCAAUAUUCAGUCUCAGGUUGCAAAGAUUGAGGAUGAUCUCAAGGUUCGUGUUGCUGAAUAUAACAAUAUCCGUGGUCAACUCAAUGCCAUUAACCGAAAGCAAAGUGGAAGCUUAGCUGUUCGUGACCUCUCAAACUUGGUUAAGCCAGAAGAUAUUGUCGCGUCAGAACAUCUCGUAACUCUCCUUGCAGUUGUUCCAAAGUAUUCCCAAAAAGACUGGCUGGCAUGUUAUGAGACAUUGACCGAAUAUGUGGUUCCUAGGUCCUCGAAGAAGUUGUUUGAGGAUAAUGAGUAUGCUCUUUACACCGUCACUCUCUUUACUCGUGUCGCAGAUAAUUUCAGGAUUAGUGCUCGUGAGAAAGGGUUCCAAGUCCGUGAUUUUGAACAUAGUGUUGAAGCACAAGAGACUCGUAAACAAGAGCUAGAAAAGUUGGUUCAGGAUCAGGAAAGUAUGAGAAGCUCUCUUUUGCAGUGGUGCUACACCAGUUAUGGAGAGGUUUUCAGCUCCUGGAUGCAUUUCUGUGCUGUGCGUAUAUUCGCUGAGAGCAUUAUGAGAUAUGGUUUACCUCCAGCGUUCUUGGCAUGUGUCUUAUCUCCGGCUGUGAAAAGUGAAAAGAAAGUACGCUCCAUUCUUGAACGCAUGUGUGAUUCUACCAACAGUUUAUACUGGAAAAGCGAGGAGGAUGCAGGAGCUGGAGGAGCCAUGGCUGGUUUAGCCGGUGACUCAGAGACACAUCCUUAUGUCUCCUUCACUAUCAACCUUGCUUAAAAAAUUGAUGAGAGAUGCUUUUGAUGCUACUUCUCCUCGUCUCUGUCUUCUCAUCUGUUAUAUUUGUUUGUGUUCUAUAGAUUUCACAUUUAUUUUUCGUAAUAUAUUUUGAUUUUCAAA